AUGAGCCGUGCUUUGAACCGAGAAGGAGUUGACCGAGAAGAUUCAAGACAAGCUAUUUCCCGAGAAGACCGACGAGAUGAGCGUGCUUUGAACCGAGAACGAGUUGACCGAGAAGAUUCAAGACAAGCUAUUUCCCGAGAAGGCCGACGAGAUGAGCGUGCACUGAACCGAGAACGAGUUGACCGAGAAGAUUCUAGGCAAGCUAUUUCCCGUGAAAACCGAGAAGACCGACGAGAUGAACGUGCACUUAACCGAGAACGAGUUGACCGAGAAGAUUCAAGACAAGCUAUCUCCCGAGAAGACCGACGAGAUGAGCGUGCUUUGAACCGAGAACGAGUUUACCGAGAAGAUUCAAGACAAGCUAUUUCCCGAGAAGACAGACGAGAUGAGCGUGCACUGAACCGAGAACGAGUUGACCGUGCUUUGAACCGAGAAGAUUCAAGGCAAGCUAUUUCCCGUGAAAACCGAGAAGACCGACGAGAUGAGCGUGCUUUGAACCGAGAACGAGUUGACCGAGAAGAUUCAAGACCAGCUAUUUCCCGAGAAGACCGACGAGAUGAGCGUGCUUUGAACCGAGAACGAGUUGACCGAGAAGAUUCAAGACAAGCUAUCUCCCGAGAAGACCGACGAGAUGAGCGUGCUUUGAACCGAGAACGAGUUGACCGAGAAUAUUUAAGGCAAGCUAUUUCCCGUGAAAACCGAGAAGACCGACGAGAUGAACGUGCACUUAACCGAGAACGAGUUGACCGAGAAGAUUCAAGACAAGCUAUCUCCCGAGAAGACCGACGAGAUGAGCGUGCUUUGAACCGAGAACGAGUUGACCGAGAAGAUUCAAGACAAGCUAUUUCCCGAGAAGACCGACGAGAUGAGCGUGCUUUGAACCGAGAACGAGUUGACCGAGAAGAUUCAAGACAAGCUAUUUCCCGAGAAGACCGACGAGAUGAGCGUGCUUUGAACCGAGAACGAGUUGACCGGGAAGAUUCAAGACAAGCUAUUUCCCGAGAAGACCGACGAGAUGAGCGUGCUUUGAACCGAGAACGAGUUGACCGAGAAGAUUCAAGACAAGCUAUUUCCCGAGAAGACCGACGAGAUGAGCGUGCUUUGAACCGAGAACGAGUUGACCGAGAAGAUUCAAGACAAGCUAUUUCCCGAGAAGACCGACGAGAUGAGCGUGCUUUGAACCGAGAACGAGUUGACCGAGAAGAUUCAAGACAAGCUAUUUCCCGAGAAGACCGACGAGAUGAGCGUGCUUUGAACCGAGAACGAGUUGACCGAGAAAAUUCAAGACAAGCUAUUUCCCGAGAAGACCGACGAGAUGAGCGUGCUUUGAACCGAGAACGAGUUGACCGAGAAGAUUCAAGACAAGCUAUCUCCCGAGAUGACCGACGAGAUGAGCGUGCUUUGAACCGAGAACGAGUUGACCGAGAAGAUUCACGGCAAGCUAUUUCCCGUGAAAACCGAGAAGACCGACGAGAUGAACGUGCACUUUACCCAGAACUAGUUGACCGAGAAGAUUCAAGGCAAACUAUUUCCCACGAUGACUAUUAUUAUUUAAAAACUCAAAGCCUAGGAAAUUCUAUACCUAUUUCUCAAUACGCCAAAACAGUUCUAGUAACCCUAAUUCAAGGAGGUCUUUUAGCACUUGUUGUUAUGAAGACUUUAAAUUUAGAAAAUGCAAAAUUUGGAACUGAUAUUUUUUCAAAACCCGGGAUUUGACUGGGAAUAUUGUGUCUUAAAUGUGAUCAAAUUACUAUACCAAGUACCUAACCUAUCUAAUACCUAUACAAAUUUAUGUUUCAUUUGUUUAUUUAACUAAAUUGUUUAAAACAAAUAAAAUUAUUUAAAUUAUAUAAAUAUUUAAUUAUAAUUUAAAGUACAUGCAUA